AUGGGGAUUGUUCAGCAAAUAAUGCAUAUCCUGGACUUUCCAGGAUUUCCUUGGAAAACAGUGAUUGCCGGUUUUUCGAUUGGUAAAUACGUGUGGGAUCUAUAUUUGCAACGUAGACAGGCUCCUUACUUGUUGAAAGAUAAUCCACCCUCAGUUUUGGCAGAACAUGUUGACGAAAAGAAAUAUCAGAAAGCUUUAGCUUACGCUAGAGAUAAAACGUUUUUGAGCACAAUUACUUCUACUUUUGCCUUGGUAAUUGACCUUCUCUUAAUUAAAUUUAACGGUCUUUCUUACUUGUGGAGUCUCACAAAGUUUCCUUGGAUGGAUCACUUGGCAGCCUCUGCUUCCAAAUUUAGUUUGUCCGUCGCUAUUUCCCACUCCUGUGUAUUUUUAUUUGCUGUCACUGUCUUCUCUAGUCUCAUCCAACUCCCUUUUUCUCUGUACUCUACCUUUGGAAUUGAAGAAAAAUACGGCUUUAACAAGUCCACCUUGAAAAUUUUCUUUAUGGACCUCUUUAAAGAGCUCACUAUCGGCGGUGCUUUAAUGAGUUUUCUGGUUUCCAUGUUUGUGAAGAUUACCAUGAAGUUUGGUGAUAACUUUGUUCUCUAUGCUUGGGGUGCCUACAUUCUCUUUGGUUUGGUUUUGCAAUCCAUUGCACCUUCUCUUAUCAUGCCUCUUUUCUACAAGUUUACUCCUUUGGAACAGGGCUCUUUACGUUCAAAAAUUGAAGAUCUUGCUGUCUCUAUUAAAUUUCCCUUGAAAAACCUUUAUGUAAUUGACGCCAGUCGCCGUUCAGCUCACUCCAACGCAUUUUUCUACGGUCUUCCCUGGAAUAAGGGUAUUGUGUUGUUUGACACCUUGGUAAAGAAUCACACUGAAGAGGAAUUGCUUGCCAUUUUGGGACACGAACUUGGCCACUGGUACUUGUCGCACAACAUGAUUCACACUUUAGUAGAUUACAGCAUGAGUCUUGCACAGCUCUUCAUGUUUGCAGCAUUUUUGCGUAACAACAGUCUUUACGAAGCAUUCGACUUUACAAAGGAGAAGCCCGUAAUUAUUGGCCUUUUAUUGUUUUCCGACGCCCUUGGUCCCAUGUCUUCCCUUUUGACAUAUGGUUCUAAUAAAAUUUCCCGCUUUUGUGAAUAUCAAGCCGAUGCUUUUGCCAAGAAGCUUGGUCUUGCUAAAGAUUUGGGAGACGGAUUGAUUCGUAUCCACAACGAUAACCUUUCGCCUUUGGAGUACGAUCCUCUUUAUACUUCUUAUCAUCACAGCCAUCCCAUUUUGACAGAUCGAUUGGCUGCUAUUAACUAUAUGGACCUGAAAAAGAACGAAUGA